CUCUUGACUGACUCGAUAGCAUGCCACGUAUGCGCUGACUGGUGACGCGCACUUCGUUGCCCAGCACUCUCACUCUCACUCGACCAUCACGCACUCACGCACUCGCGACUCGCUCUUGAACGUUUUCACGUUCGGACGCCUUGCGCAACGUAACAAUAACAAGAUUGCACAUUGCACGCGCUGCUUGCACGCCUGCCAAACCUUGCUUCGAGGAGCGGCACAUCACACUCUUGACUUCUUUCAUUCCGCAUCUUGACGCCAUCCUCCGAUUCGACCUCUUUCGCGCGCGCUGACAAUCAAGGGGACGACCCGUGACUCCCCUUUUUUACGUUGGAAGAAUAAAGGCGCGCGCUUGGUGGCUCGAUCGAUGCCAAUCCGCUGCCCGCCAUCUUCUUUGGCAUUCGCGCGCACUGCACAACACAUCCUCCCGCUGAUCGAGCUGCCAUCACCGCCAUCCUCCUCGACCAUCCAUUCGCACUCGCACUUUUCAGCAUCAAGCAGCCUCACCACCAAUCGGAUCGUACAUCCCAACUCUCCUCUUCUUGCCUACAAUUCACCUCCUCGCACAAUGUCCACGCAAGCAGCCUCCACCUCCUCCUCCACCACCACCACCACCUCCUCCACCAGCCCCAUCUCCGCUGCUACUGCUCCCAACCAAUCCCGCACCCGCAACCGCAGCUCGUCGGAAGAAACGCGAAAUGCAGCAGCAGCAGCAGCAGCAGCAGCGCAAGACAGAUCUUACGCCUCCUCCAUACGCGCGCUCAACACUUUGCAAUCCAAUGCGGCAGUCAUCGAAGCGAUUCGAAAGAGCGGCGGCAAGAUGAACGAGUUGGCUAUACCGGAGAUGCAAGAGUAUUGGAAGAGGUUGGGGUAUGAGCUGGAAGAUCUGAACAAGCUCAAUGUGAUCCACAUCACUGGCACAAAAGGCAAAGGAUCCACCGCAGCAUUCUGUUCCAGCUUGCUUGCCCACGCGCCGCUGUUGUCGAGCAAAGCCACCGCUCGCCCCCGCGUCGGCUUGUACACCUCCCCGCACCUUGUCUACGUGAGGGAGCGCAUACGCAUAGACGGUGUGCCCAUUCAAGAGGAACUCUUUGCCAAGUACUUUUGGCAAGUGUGGGACAAGCUGGGACAGAAUGAUCAGAGAGCCCAUCCUGCCACACCGCUGCGUCCGGUCUACUUUCGAUACCUGACUCUGCUCGCCAUGCACAUCUUUCUGCAAGAAGGCGUAGGCGCCACGAUCCUCGAGGUGGGUAUAGGUGGCACGUACGACAGCACAAACAUCGUGCCUCGACCCAUCGCAUGCGGUAUUUCCAGCUUGGGCUUGGAUCAUACAGCUCUGCUAGGCAAUACUUUGCCAGAGAUCGCUAGGCACAAGGCGGGCAUCUUCAAGAAGGACGUUGGGGCAGUUUCGGUCUGGCAGCCCGAGGAUGCCGCAAAGGUGGUAGAGCAGACGGCUGCAGAGGUGCAGACCAGAUCAUUUGUAGCGCUGCCUCGAGAUGCGCCCCAGCAAGUCCGCUCCAUCGCCUUGGGUCUGCCAGGUCUGCAUCAGAGCACCAAUGCCCAGCUCGCCGUAGCGCUCGUGCGCCUCUUCAUCCAAGCGAGUGCACAGGAUGCGAUCCUGCUGCAAGAGAGGGGUUGGACAUUUUCAUUUGCGCCUGCUGCUGAUCAGCUGAACCGACUGGAUGCUCCGCUCGAGGAGUGGGAAGUUGCGGGAGUGGAACGAGCUGCGUGGCCUGGACGGUGUCAGGUCGUCCCUCCGCCUCCGGCGCCGCCUUCGAGCUCGAUUUGUGAUCCUCCUGCUGCAUCGCAAGCCUCCUGCUGCAUGCCCACCUUUUUUCUGGAUGGAGCGCACACCACAGACAGUCUGAAGCUAGCCACGCGAUGGUUCGUCCAAGCCUCUCGCUUUCGUGAAACGGCGGCGCAUCGCCGAGCCGACGAGGUGCGAGGAGAAGAGGGAGAUGGGGCAAGAGGAGAAGAAGAAGCGAAGAGAUGGUAUUUGGUAUUCAAUUGCACGCAUGGACGCGACGCCAAGGAGCUGCUUGGGGCGCUGUGCGACGCGGUGCGCGAAGAGGAGGUGAGGGUCAGCUUUGACAAGGUCAUCUUUUGCACCAACACCACCUACAAGGAGGGCAAGAGCAGCGGAGAUCUUACGGCUGGAGGACUGGACGCGAAAGAGGUGGAAGCUCUGACGGUGCAGAAUGAGCUCAGACGAGCCUGGUUGGACCUUCGAAGGGAUUCCGCGAUGCGAGCGCGAGCGGCGGUGGCGGGAGCAAAAGAUGCGGCGGAAGAAGAAGAAGAAGAAGAGGAAGAAGAGAUUUUGGUCUUGCCGAGCAUAGAAGAUGCGCUGAAUGCUUGUGUUGCUGCUGCUGCUGCGCGGGGGCAAGAGAGGGGAGGAAGCGUGUUUGUUACGGGAAGCUUGCUGCUUGUGGGAGGCGUCAUGGCUCAUCUGCAAAAAUGGGGAGCGCUGGAUGAGGCGCUGAACAGUGUUGCGGGCAGAUAGGGUUGGAGGGGGGAGGUGGAAGUUGAGAAAAUGUCCAGAACGAAUUCGGGGGUAUGCCAAGCUAUAGCUGGGGCAGGGACGGAAGACAGCACUAGAGAUGGGGGAACUAAUCGACCAGACUGGC